AUGACUCUUACGACCAUCAAUAUCGAGGAAGUGAAGACUUCUGUGGAUGCCUCGCUCAAGGAAUUAGAACAGGAAUUGCGGGAAUUGAAUCAUCAAAUCUGGUCAAACCCAGAGCUUGCUUACCAGGAGCACCGCGCCCACGAUACGAUUUGUGACUUCCUCGAAGGACAAGGCUUUACUGUUACUCGCCACGCCUAUGGUCUUGAUACCUCCUUUGAGGUCUUGAGUGGAACUGAUGGACGGUUGAUCAAUUUCAACGCAGAAUAUGACGCAUUACCUGGAAUUGGCCAUGCCUGUGGUCACAAUCUGAUAGCGACAAGCAGUAUUGCUGCGUUCCUUGCGCUGUCGUUUGCCAUAAAGAAAUUUGGUAUCCCUGGUAGAACCCAGCUGUUAGGCACUCCGGCUGAGGAAAGUGGAGGCGGAAAGGCCAAAUUGAUUGAUGCCGGCGCUUACAAGAAUGUUAACAUCUCGCUAAUAGCCUGGAACGCCGAUGAAUGCCCGCAAGAAUAUUUACUGCGAGUCGCCCCAAUUCUGAUUUUUGUAUCCCAUGCUGACGGAUAUAUAGGCGAAUUCACGGGCAGGAAUGCUCAUGCCGGUGGAAACCCUUGGGAAGGGAUCAACGCGCUUGAUGCUCUGGUCUCGUCUUAUAACAACGUUGCGGUUCUUCGACAGCAGCUUCUUCCGGAUCAACGUGUUCAUUGUGCUUUCUUGGAUACACCCAAGGUAGUCAACGUGAUACCGGCUUAUACGAAAGCUUUCUGGCAGGUACGCAGCCCUACCUUGAAGGGAUUGAAUACUCUCAUCGGUAAAUUGCGUAAUUGCAUUGAGGCCGGUGCGUUGGCCACCGGUUGUCAAGUCAAGAUUGAUGAGGAUGAACUUUAUACCGAUGUCCGAUUGAAUGAUACUCUCUGUGAACGCUACCAGGUUCACAUGGGACGAUAUGGUCGCAAUGUUCUCAAGCGCCAUGACAAGGUUCUAACAGCGUCGUCUGACAUUGGAAAUGUCAGCUACGAGACCCCCACGCUUCAUACAAUGUUUGCGAUUCCGGCUCCGCCAACUUCGUUUCCACAUCAUCCGACGUUUGCAGCUGCAGCUGGAACAGAUGAAGCUCAUGCUGAGGCAUUGAUUGUUGGAAAAUCACUGGCAUUGAUCGGUUGGGAUAUGAUUGUGGAGAAUGAUAUGUAUGAUGUGGCGCGGCGCCAAUGGAAAGACGAGAUUAUGCGGGAGGAGUAG